GCAGGGCACCGAGAGGCGGGGGCUUGCCGGGCUUACGUCACUCCCCCGCGACAGCGCCUGCGCGGGAGAUCAUGCUGUGCGCUGGACGCCACGGUCGGGACCUGCUGCUGCUGCGGCGUUUCCGAAGGCGUCUGGGGCUCGGGACCGGUUCGUUCCUGCGCGGCCUUGGGCGACCGCCUUACGAGGAAGCGCGGUCACUGUGUUGCGAGUCCUCGACAAGAGAAGUGCGAAAUGGAGACAGAGAGCGCGAGGCGACACAAAGAAAAGCCCCCGAAGCAGAAUCGUGCCCUUUUCUCCCGCUCCGUGUCCAGGACAGCGGGACCACAAGUCUUUCUUCUCUGGCGACGCCGCGGGAGGAGUCACCCCCUCGAGAUCAUCAGAGCUCGAGUGGACAGCCGGGCCAGUCUGGUUCCGCAUACUGGGAAUCCGGGGAUCUCUCGCUGACCACCCUGACUCAGUCCACUUUUGAAACCAAAGAGCUUCACAACUCCUCUUCCUUCUCAGCCUCCAGAGAAAGACCCUUUCGGGCCGGGGAGCUGAUUUUAGCUGCGACUGGGAAGAGAGAAACACAUUAUAGAAAAUUAUUUAGGUUGAGCAAUGUCGGGCACUUAAAUAGUAGUUGGGGGUCAGUCGCGUACAGCGAGAUCGUGGGGAAGUUCCCAGGCCAGAUACUGACCAGUUCCUCUGGUAAACAUUUCAUGCUGAUGAGGCCGGCAUUGGAAGACUAUGUAUUAUUGAUGAAAAGAGGGCCUGCCAUCACAUAUCCAAAGGAUAUGAAUAUGAUAUUAUCGAUGAUGGACAUCAGCCCAGGUGAUACUGUUUUGGAAGCUGGUUCGGGUUCUGGUGGAAUGAGCUUAUUUUUAUCCAAAGCAGUUGGAUCACAAGGACGAGUCGUGAGUUUUGAAAUACGGAAAGACCACCAUUAUCUAGCCAAGAAGAAUUACAAACUCUGGUGUGAUUCAUGGAAAUUAAGUCACAUAGAAGAAUGGCCAGACAAUGUGAAUUUUAUUCAUAAGGAUAUUUCAGGAGCAACUGAAGAUAUCAAAUCUUUAACAUUUGAUGCGAUAGCUUUGGAUAUGUUAAACCCUCAAGUUGCUUUGCCCGUUUUAUAUCCAAAUCUUAAACAGGGUGGUAUAUGUGUUGUAUAUCUAGCAAACAUCACACAGGUUAUUGAACUUUUAGAUGGAAUUCGCAACUGUGAACUUGCUCUCUCAUGUGAAAAGAUAAGUGAAGUCAUUGUCAGAGAUUGGUUGGUUUGCCUUGCAAAACAGAAAAAUGGAAUUUUAGUUCAAAAGGUAGAACCUAAAAUUGACAAAGACUUACAAUUACAUUCCCAAAAGGAAACUGGAGUUGAAAGUGGGGUAUUUCAAGAGGAUGACCAUGAAGAAUCACAUUCUGAUUUUCCAUAUGGAUCAUUUCCCUAUAUUGCCAGACCUAUACAUUGGCAAACUGGUCAUACAGCUUUUCUUGUCAAGUUGAGGAAGUUCAAACCACAACUUAACUGAGUACCCCAGAUGAUGGCAACCUAUUCGAAGAUGGAAAAGUAUCAAACUAGAACUUCAUGCUGUAAAUCACUACUUUCAUAGAUUAUUUUUAGCUGUUACUAUGAUUUGUACAACUUUUACGUAUGUUUGAAAUAUAACAAAAGGUAAAAAAAAAAAAAAAAGAUGUGCAACAUUGCAAAACUGCUUAAAUGUCCCA